GCACACACCUUACAAAAAUGGCAACUGAAGUAAAAAACUGCCUACAAAAGUUUUAUUUAUAUCUCAACAGUGUUUAUCCGAAAUGGAGGAACAUUUAUAAAACCGUCAAAGAUCAUAUGGAAGCCCUGAGAAAUCUUACAGAAGAACUAAACUUUGCGGACAGCGACGAUAUCGAUCCUAAUCGAAAAAACAUCGAACGGUUUCCAGAGGCGCGCGAUACAUGGAUUUUCAGAAUUAAAGAAGAUAUCUAUAAGCAUAUAGAAAAGAUUCGCAAAAUUAUCCAAGACUUACAUAAUGAUUCACAAGAGUUAAAACAAAAAUAUGAUAAACUAGAAAAAUCCAUUGAUAAUGUGUCUUUCGAAUCUAAAGAGAUGGAAGAAAUUAUCAAUGGUAAUCCACACACUCCCACGUUUGAUGCGCUUAUGCUGGGUGCAAAAUACGCUUGCAAAUUUUUAAGCGAUAUGCAUAAGAGAUUAAAAGAAAAAAUAGAAGAAUUAAAUAUCUAUAAGGAAAAAACCAUUGAAGAUUUGGAAGGUGAAUUUCAACGACAACAUAAAUUAAAAGACAGUGAAAUGGAGGAUGUGAUGCUCCUAGGGACCUAUACAAAACCAAUUAAAAAAAAUUAA